CAGGAAAUUAAGCGUGGCUAUAUAAGCUAAGUGUCAAGCAGCAGUGUCUUCAAACACCUGUAGAGUGAGCGCAGGAGAAUCACACUGAAUCCAUAGAAAAGACAUAUUUGUUUUCAGAAACAGGACCUGUCUUGAAGAACGAUGAAAGUUUGUCAGUGCCUCCUGCUGCUCUGCCUGCUCCAUUAUUAUCUAGCUUUGGAGUGUGAAGUGAUCCCGGGGAACCUGAAGCAGAUUGAUGCCGGUGUUGGGGUGGUAGGUGGGGUGAACGAUGACAACGAAGUCUUCCUGUUGCUUGGGAAUGAAUUUAGAGGGAUAAACGUAAUCAUGAAGCACUUUUCUGUCGGACCCGCUGGAGAACUGGCGGUGAAUUUAUCAAACAGCGUCUUCAAGUUUCAGAGCGGCCAGUUCGCCUCGAUUCCAAUCACUUUUAAACAGGUGGAUGCUGGCGGAGACCAGAUUAUUGCUGGCGUUACUCCUCUAGAUGAUAUCUUCUGCUUGAAUAAGGAUACUAACAACGUCGGGCCGUCCAGCAAUUUCGCCUGGGUCCAGCUUGCGGGAAAGCUGAAGUACUACAGCUGUGGGCCGUACAGCUGUUGGGGAGUGAACGCCGCAGGGAAUAUCCUCGUCAGAAGAUCUGUAUCGGGUGCUUCCUGCGGAGGGGCGAGCGCUUUCGAUGUGAUUUCUGGAAGUAUGUCUAUGGUUGAAGUAGCUACCGACGGCAGCGUCUUCGCUAUUGACACCCAGGGGUCUUUGUUUCAGAGAACCGGUGUCUCGGCGUCGAAUCCCAUCGGCACGGGUUGGUUAGGUUUCCUUGUGUGUCCCAAUGGCCACAAGCACGUGACUUACGAUCUGGGGAGGCUGUAUGUCAUCUGUAGCGACGGAUCCAUCAGGAGAUGCGUUUAAAUGUCCAACAGAAGAGCUCCAGUUUCAUUAUAAACCGAAUGUUGAAAAUGAAAAUAGUUUUUCCUUUCUUUCCUUUGCACAAUUUAUUUACUAAUAGCAGUUAGAUGUAUGCCUCAUGAUUGUCAAUAUAUCAAUAAAGAAUUGCUACCCUGCA